UUCCUCGAGCUCUCCUCCUCCCCUUUCCCUUCUCUUCCCUCCCCUUCCCCCCACUUCCCACCCCUCCAUCGCGUCAUAAACCUUGAUCUCCCCGUUGAUGACCCUGAGAGGAAUGAAUUCCUCACCGAUCCUCUCGGCGACGUCGUCGUUGCUGGACACGUGCUCUUCUUCCCCAACUACUCCACCUUCAUGAGCAAGCCUGGGUUCUACGUGGAGGACCUGUUCGUGAGAGAGUGUUAUAGGAGGAAAGGUAUGGGGAGGAUGCUUCUGUCGGCAGUGGCUAAGCAGGCGGUGAAGAUGGGUUACGGCAGGGUUGAAUGGUCUGUUCUUGAUUGGAAUGCGAAUGCCAUUAAGUUCUAUGAGCUGAUGGGCGCUAAGGUGUUGCCGGAAUGGAGGAUUUGCAGGUUGACUGACGAGGCUCUCCAGGCUUACGAGAAUGCUAAGAUUUAAGAAACCUCAAACUUGAUGUGCGAUUUAAGAAUCCCGGGUUUAUUAGUAUUUGAGGGAUCAAACGCGCAGGAUUUAAUUAGGAUUAUGGGGUUUUCCUCUUUUCUCUGGGAAAAUCUGAACGUGUUUGGAUGGAUUUGGGGACAGAUUAAAACUGGGUAAGUAAUAAGAUUAUAUUGUCUGUUAAAGCUGAUUUUAGACAAUUAGUAUUUCAGUUUUCUGCUACUUGUAAUUGCUAAGUCAAAACUCUUUUAACAUGAAAUAAAAUGCCUGGUCUGGAAAGUCUUUUCCAUUUAUUA